AUGGCUCCACAAAUUAAAUAUACUAAGUUGUUCAUUGACAAUAAGUGGGUGGAUUCUGUAAGUGGAAAAACAUUUCCCACUACCUGCCCUCAUGACGGAUCAGUUAUCGCGCACGUCUCCGAAGGAGAUAAGGUCGGAAAGUUGAUCCAGCAAGCAGCUGGAGCAAACAAUUUGAAACGUGUUUGUUUGGAGCUGGGCGGUAAAAGUCCGCUUAUUAUAAUGAACGAUGCCGAUUUGAACGUUGCUGUCCCAUUUGCUGCUAAUACAGUAUUUUUACUUCAAGGACAAGUUUGCAUAGCAGCUUCUCGGCUGUAUGUACAAUCUGGAAUUUAUGAGAAGUUUGUAGAGGCAGCCGUUAAGUAUGCUCAAAGUAUCAAAAUUGGUAACCCUGCUGAUCCUACUACACAGCACGGACCGCAGGUAGACGAAGUUAUGUUUAAAAAAGUAUUAGGGUACAUCGAGAAAGGGAAAAAAGAAGGUGCCAGAUGUCUGACGGGUGGCAAGCGAGUCGGUACUACUGGGUACUACAUAGAGCCUACGGUAUUUGUUGACGUGAAAGAUGACAUGACUAUCGCUAAGGAGGAGAUUUUUGGUCCCGUACAAAGUAUUUUUAAAUUUGAAACGUUUGAAGAAGUUCUUGAGCGUGCUAACAAUACUAGUUACGGAUUGGCAGCUGGAAUUUUUACAAAUGAUAUCAACACCGCUCUGCAGUUUACUAAACACGCUGAGGCUGGCAAUGUUUGGGUGAACACAUAUUUUGCCAUGACCCCCCAGACACCUUUCGGAGGAUUCAAAGAUUCAGGCAUUGGUCGUGAAGGUGGUUUGCACACUUUAGAUGAGUAUUUGGAAGUGAAGAGUGUAGCAAUAGCUUUACCUAAAAAACUGUAA